GCCAGCGGCGUUGGCGGGGAGGGGGACAGUAGUGUAGAGGCCCGCCCCUGCCUCAGCGAAGAAACCAUAUUGAGUAAACAAAGACUGAGCUUUGUAUCGAAGGCAUAUGUGGAAUAGUGCUACAAUUUGAAUAGUAAAAGAUUUCACAUUAUGAGAGAAUCCCUUUUUGUCAACCUAAUGAAGCAUUCAAUGAAGUCUUCUGACUCUUUUCAAGAUGAACUUGAAUAUUAUAUUAAAGUACAGAAAGCCAGAGGCUUAGAGCCAAAGACUUGUUUCAGAACAAGACUGAGAGAGGACUAUUUGGAUACCUGUGGGUACAGAGAAGCGAUCGAGUCCAGGCACAGGUACAGAAUGUUUGAUCAGAGAUUCCCAGCUGGAACUAUGCAGUCAUAUCCAAGAUCAUGCAAUACUGCACAGAAAGUGGAAAACCAGUUACCUCAGUGGUUGCCAGCGCAGGACAGCAGGCUGAGACUAGAUUCUCUGUGCUACUGUCAAUUCACCAGGGACUGUUUCUCAGAAAAACAAGUACCCCUGAACCCUAGUCAGCAAGAAUAUAAUUGUGGUCUAUACAAUGUAGAAUCUGGAGUUCCCAAGCACCUCUCCUUAGGACACAAUACUAGUGGCCCUCAAUCCAGUCAUAAACAGACACAUCACAACAGACAAAAGCACCCAGAGGAAGGCAGAGAAAAACCAGAGGAAGAACGGCCUAAGCAUAAGAGGAAAAGAAGUUCCGAGGAAAUGGAUUUAGACAAACACAAGAGCAUCCAAAGAAAGAAAACAAAAGUGGAAGCAGAAACGGGACAGGUCAGUACAGAAAAGCUUAAGAAUCGAAAGGAGAAAAAGAGCCGAGAUGGAGCCUCUAAGAAAGAGGACCGUAAGUGUAGAAAAGAGGAAAAGGAACAAGGCGAGGAAAGGACAGAGGAGGACAUUCUGUGGGACCAGUCAAUCCUUGGAUUUUGA